UAUAUUAUUUCUACAAGUCAAAUUUAUCAUUUUUAUAUUUUCACGAUAAACUUGGGCGUUUUCCCACCGAUGGCGCCAUUUUUAGUAUGCUUCAGUUGGCUUCAGUCAUCAGCUGUUAUCAGGAAGUGAUCUUGUGAUCGUUAUAUUUGUGAGCGAAACAUUUAUAAUUUCACCCGCAUUACAUGUACAUUUCCAUUCAUAAGAGCUUUACAGUCUUCUAAAAUAAAAAUUAUAAGAUAAGAGAGCACAGGAAACCAAGAAGAAUGUAUCACAUUUAUCAGUGGAAUUGGAUAUAUUUUCAUAGUAUAGUAAUCCCAUAGCAAUGCACAAACUACGUAAAAAAGUAUUUAGGUUUGCAAUAGUUAGUAGGAUAACAGUUUUGGUUUUACAAUUCAUGUUUAAUCUUCUAUGCCCUGAUCAUCAUGCAGAUGCAUUUAAGAGCCCUAUUGAUAGUUCUGAAAGUGUUUCAUUAUUUGAUAAUGUAGUUACAUAUUUAUUUGGUGGUCUCACACGGUGGGAUGGUGAAUACUUCAUUCAUAUUGCCAAAUAUGGUUAUACAUAUGAAAAUACUUUGGCAUUUUAUCCAUUAUAUCCCUUAUUAAUUCGAAUUAUUGCUACUUUUAUAAGAAAGGUAUUCUUUAUUUUCAAUACUCACAGUUCUGUAAUCAUAGCAGCCAUAUUGAUUAAUAUCAUAUGUUUUAUAAAAUCCACUAUUAUAUUUUAUGAUCUUAGUAAAAUAAUAUUAAGAAAGACACAUCUAGCUUACAAAGCAGCAAUACUUUAUUGCAUAAAUCCAGCUACCAUAUUUUUUUCUGCUGUUUACUCAGAGUCUUUGUUUGCUUAUUUAACUUAUUACAGUAUGUUGAAAUCUAUUCAAUUAAAUCCACUUGUGUCCUUUCCAAUAGCAUUAUCUAUUCUUACAAGAUCAAAUGGUAUGGUUAAUAUUGGUUUUCCUAUAUAUUUUGGUCUAAAAGAAUUAUGUUAUAGUUUUUCAACAAAGUAUGAUCAUUUUUCAGUGAAGGCACUAGGUCAAUUUUUAUUUCUAAAAAGUACUUUAAAGAGUGUUUUAUUAAUGUGUAACAUACUAAUUAUAUCAGUAGCUCCAUUUAUUUUAUUGCAAAUAUAUAAUUACAUUAUAUUUUGUAUUCCACAUUCUAAUCAAACAUUUAUUCCACAACAUAUUGAGGCUCAUAGCAGAAUAAAUAAUUUAGUAUUACCAGGUAGUGAUAAUGUUGAAUGGUGUCAUGCUAAAAUUCCAAUAGCAUAUUCAUACAUACAAAAGAAAUAUUGGAAUAUAGGCUUGUUCAAUUACUAUGAACUGAAGCAAAUACCAAACUUUAUUCUAGCAUUUCCAGUGUUGAGUAUUAUGAUUACAUGUAUUAAAGAAUACUUUUUUGAGCACAGAAAAUAUUCUUGUGCAUUAGGAUUUGUUAAAAAUGCUGUUGGUAAAGAACUUGUUAAAACACAGAAAUAUCCAGCUGAAAUGUUAGUGUUCAUUAUUCAUGGGUUAUUCUUGACAGUAUUUUGUAUUUUUUUCGUGCAUAUUCAAGUAAGCACGCGUUUAAUAAGUUCGGCAAGUCCGUUAAUAUAUUGGUAUUGUACUUUAACUAUGCAACACGUAUCUCGCGAUAAUGAUGACACGGCAUAUGAAAGCGAGAAAAACAUGUUUUUUUUUAUUCCAAAGACAUAUUCUUUUAAAGAUAAGGUUAUCUUAUCCUACUUUCUAGGAUAUAUAGUCUUAGGUUGUUUUAUGUUUCCAAAUUUUUUACCAUGGACAUGAUUUAUAUGUACAUUAUAUGGAUAAUAAAUAUCUAUUCAAAUGUAAAAUUUAUAUAUUUUGCAAUAAGGAAUACAAUUUAAUGUAAACAGUUGUAAUACAAUAAUAAAAGAUAAGUAAUAAAAUGUUUAUAUAAUUAAGUCAUUAAAAUA